AUGGCCCAUUCUUCUGCUACGGCACAGGGUGUCUUUCCAGUCUCCAUCACCGUUGAGUUUACUGGAGGCUUAGAACUGCUCUUUGGGAAUGAGCGCAAGCAUAAAGUCAUUCUGCCAGCUCAACUGGAGGACGGCAGCCGGCCGAACAUCUCAUACUUGCUUAAAUACUUGGUCAACAACCUCAUGAAGGACCAGAGGACAGACAUGUUUAUCAUGGAGGACAAUGUACGACCGGGCAUUCUCGUACUCAUCAACGAUGCCGACUGGGAACUCGAAGGCGAGGAAACAUAUGAACUGCAACAGGGAGACAACAUUGUCUUUGUCUCGACUUUACAUGGUGGCUAA